AUGGCGAAGCCGCUGACGGACAGCGAGAAGCGAAAGCAGAUCAGCGUGCGCGGGAUCGCGGGGCUGGGCGACGUGGCCGAGGUGCGGAAGAGCUUCAACCGGCACCUGCACUUCACGCUGGUCAAGGACCGCAACGUGGCCACGCCCCGCGACUACUACUUCGCGCUGGCGCACACGGUGCGCGACCACCUGGUGGGCCGCUGGAUCCGCACGCAGCAGCACUACUACGAGCGCGACCCCAAGCGCAUCUAUUAUCUUUCCCUGGAGUUCUACAUGGGCCGUACUCUGCAGAACACGAUGGUGAACCUGGGCCUCCAGAAUGCUUGUGAUGAAGCCAUCUACCAGUUGGGGUUGGACUUGGAAGAACUGGAGGAAAUAGAAGAGGACGCUGGCCUGGGGAAUGGAGGAUUGGGGAGGCUGGCAGCCUGCUUCCUUGACUCGAUGGCCACCUUGGGCCUGGCAGCAUAUGGCUAUGGAAUCCGCUAUGAGUUUGGGAUUUUUAACCAGAAGAUUGUCAAUGGCUGGCAGGUGGAGGAGGCCGAUGACUGGCUGCGCUACGGCAACCCCUGGGAGAAGGCCCGGCCGGAGUACAUGCUUCCCGUGCACUUCUACGGGCGAGUGGAGCACACCCCCGAGGGGGUGAAGUGGCUGGACACGCAGGUGGUGCUGGCCAUGCCAUACGACACGCCGGUGCCAGGCUACAAGAACAACACUGUCAACACCAUGAGGCUGUGGUCCGCCAAAGCGCCCAACGACUUCAGUCUCCAGGACUUUAACACGGGCGGCUACAUCGAGGCGGUCCUGGACAGAAAUCUGGCUGAGAACAUCUCCAGAGUCCUGUACCCCAAUGACAAUUUCUUCGAGGGGAAGGAGCUGCGCCUGAAGCAGGAGUACUUUGUGGUGGCUGCCACCCUGCAGGACAUCGUCCGCCGCUUUAAGUCCUCCAAGUUUGGCUGCCGGGACCCAGUGAGGACCUGUUUUGAGAUAUUCCCAGACAAGGUUGCCAUUCAGCUGAACGACACCCACCCAGCCCUCGCCAUUCCUGAGCUCAUGCGGAUCCUGGUGGAUGUGGAGAAAGUGGACUGGGACAAGGCCUGGGAAAUCACAAAGAAGACCUGUGCAUACACCAACCACACGGUGCUGCCGGAGGCCUUGGAGCGCUGGCCUGUGUCCAUGUUUGGGCAGCUGCUGCCGCGGCACCUGGAGAUCAUCUACGCCAUCAACCAGAGGCACCUGGACCAAGUGGCUGCCCUGUUCCCGGGGGACGUGGACCGCCUGCGGAGGAUGUCUGUGAUUGAGGAAGGGGACUGCAAGCGGAUCAACAUGGCCCACCUGUGUGUGAUCGGCUCCCACGCCGUCAACGGCGUAGCGAGGAUCCACUCGGAGAUCGUGAAGCACUCUGUCUUUAAGGACUUCUACGAGCUGGAGCCAGAGAAGUUCCAGAAUAAGACGAACGGCAUCACGCCCCGGCGCUGGCUGCUCCUGUGUAACCCGGGCCUGGCGGACACCAUCACGGAGAAAAUCGGGGAGGGUUUCCUGACGGACCUGAGUCAGCUGAAGAAGCUGCUGCCGUUGGUCAACGACGAGGCGCUCAUCAGGGAGGUGGCCCAGGUCAAGCAGGAGAACAAGCUGAAGUUCUCUGCCUUCCUGGAGAAGGAGUACAAGGUGCGGAUCAACCCGUCCUCCAUGUUCGACGUGCACGUGAAGAGGAUCCAUGAGUACAAGCGGCAGCUGCUGAACUGCCUGCACAUCAUCACCCUGUACAACCGAAUAAAGAAGGACCCUGCCAAGGCUUGUGUGCCCAGGACUGUCAUAAUCGGGGGUAAGGCGGCUCCUGGUUACCACUUGGCCAAGAAGAUCAUCAAGCUGGUCACGUCCAUCGGUGAUGUUGUCAACCACGAUCCAAUUGUGGGCAACCGGCUCAAAGUGAUCUUCCUAGAGAACUACCGAGUGUCCUUGGCCGAAAAAGUGAUCCCCGCUGCUGACCUGUCCCAGCAGAUCUCCACUGCGGGCACUGAGGCCUCAGGUACAGGCAACAUGAAGUUCAUGCUCAACGGGGCCCUCACCAUCGGCACCAUGGACGGUGCCAACGUGGAGAUGGCCGAGGAAGCCGGGGCCGAGAACCUCUUCAUCUUUGGCCUUCGGGUGGAAGACGUCCAGGCCCUGGACCAGAAAGGGUACAAUGCCCAAGAGUACUACGACCGGCUGCCCGAGCUGAGGCAGGCCGUGGAUCAGAUCAGGGAUGGCUUCUUCUCCCCGAAGGAGCCAGGCUGCUUCAAGGACAUCGUCGGCAUGCUGCUGUACCACGACAGGUUCAAGGUGUUUGCGGAUUAUGAAGCAUAUGUGGCUUGCCAGGCCCAGGUGGACCAGCUGUACCAGAACCCCAAGGAGUGGACCAAGAAGGUCAUCAGGAACAUCGCCUGCUCGGGCAAGUUCUCCAGUGACCGGACCAUCACGGAGUACGCCCGGGAGAUCUGGGGUGUGGAGCCCUCGGACCUACAGAUCCCGACCCCCAACAUCCCCAAGGACUAG